UAUAAGGCUCUUUGUCUAAGAGGGGAAUUUUACCCUGACAGGUUAAGGGACAACGAUGGUCCUGACUUUAUUAUUUUGUCUUCUGUCUUUUCUGUUUCAAUUACGUUUUGUGUUUCCCGCAGGAAACAUUUCUCUCAAAUGCAUGCAAGACACUGAUGAAUUCCUUUCUGAUCUGAAUUCAGUGGAGGCCAAAGAAUACGCUCUAAGAAUGUAUGACUCCGUCGGGAAGCUUGGGAGCAACGUUCUCCACGGAAACGUGGACAGGCUGGGAUCUUACAGCGAGUGCCUCUCCACGCGUGCCCCGUCGGGGAGUUUCCGAGGGCAGUACUGCAAGCUUCGCAUCGUGCAGGAUGGAGCUGAAUACAGCGUGGGCGUGUGUGUCCCUGACUCUUGCGCCGAAGAGGAUGUGACUGUGAUGUCUCAGUUGGAUAUUUUAAGAUUCAGAAAUACUUCCUUUUUGGCCCCUUCUCUCUCUCUCUUUACAAUGAAUUCUUCCUCCUCAUCGGACGUGGGUGUGGCUAGAUGCGCUGCUGGAAUGUUCCCCUUCGACACCUUUGUUGCCGUGUGUCUGUGCCUCACCUUGCUGGGCGUCUCCCUGCCCCUGGCCGGGACUGUCUACGUGGCAGCCAGGGAGAGGGGGUGCGACGGCAGGGCGCCAGCCGCACCUCUGGCCACUGACGGGAGUCUGCCUUUGAGAGAGACGCAGAGGAGUGAACCGAGCAGCAGACCGGGUUGCCCGGCCCAUCUCUCGCUAUCAGGAACCCGGAGCAGAGGGAAAAGAUUUCUAGGAGCCAUGGAGCAUGCUCUGAAAUGCUUUUCUUGGCAGAAGAAUGUGCCGGCCCCCUGGACGAGAGAGACGCCAGGAAGCUCGUGCUCUGUGCUGAAUGGCGUCCGAGUUCUAAGUCUCCUCUGGAUCAUGUCGGGGCACACCAGCCAGAUGACCGCAUGGCUGUCUUUGGAUAACGUGCUCGAGUGGAAAACCAGAGUGCUUAAAAACCCACUGUACCUUUAUUCUCGGAGCGGCCCGUUCUAUCUUGGGGUUGACACAUUCUUCCUGGUCAGUGGCUGGUUAAGUGCGAGGUCGUUUUUAAAGAUACAUCAGAAUUCAGACAAAGGAACGACCCUCAGUGUCAUACUCAGAUACGUCCUCAGCCGCUUUACAAGGUUGCAGCCUCUUCACCUGUACUCGGUGUGCUUGUUGGUUGGACUGUUCUCCCUUGUACCCUGGGGACCUGUCUGGGACGUGCCCAAGUUCCACCUGGAUAACUGCCGGCAAGCGUGGUGGACGAAUGCGCUGUUGCUUAAUAAUUUCCUGUCGGUCCGGAAUGCGUGUAAUGGCUGGACGUGGUACCUCGCCAACGACUUUCAGUUCCAUCUCACCACACCGGCGAUCGUCCUCAUCCACGGAAAAAGUAAACAUGUCCUUGUCCUCCUCGGGGCCAUGCUGUUCUUGGCAUCUUUCACUGCCACGGCGCUGCUCACACUGGCUUAUACCCUUCCGGUCGCAGCUCCGUCAGAAGCAAGUGAACACGCGACUGUGUUGUAUUUCUCGGAGUACUACACGAAGCCCUACUGCAGAUACGGGCCAUUCCUCGUGGGCCUCUUUCUGAGCAUUUUCAUGCACCAAAACCACCAGGCAAACAUUCUUAAAACCAAGGCUCAGGCUGUGCUGGGGUGGAUUUGCUCCCUGUCCACCCUGUUCAUAGUGGUCGCUCUGGCGUAUGUGCUCGAUGACACCUCUGUCACCUCUUCCCCUGCCGCUGCUCUGUACCAGGCCCUCCACCGGACCCUGUGGGCGGCCGCCGUGGGCUGGGUCAUGCUGGCGUGUCAGGAAGGCUAUGGAGGUCUGGUGACCCGGCUGCUUUCUUGCCGGCUCUGGACUCUCCCCGCCAGCAUCAGUUACGCUUGCUACCUGGCCCACCCGAUCCUCAUCGUGCUCUACAACGGGCUCCAAGAAACGCUCAUUCACUACACCGACACCAACAUGUUCUAUCUUUUCUCUGGACACUGUUUGCUGACCUUCAUCGUGGGGCUGGCCCUGACGCUGUGCAUUGAGAAACCAUGUCAGGAACUGAAGCGCUACCUGCUGGGACCAAUGCCUGCAGGGCCGUGAACGUCCUGGUAAAACCUGAAAGAAUGAAGGGGUUCGUUCUGCUGGUGAUGAGCAAAAGCAGGCGUGGCCUCAUUUAUGUAACGAAUGCUUGUCCCCCUGGCAAGGGGUGUGAAUCUGAUUUUGUGAAUGUUUAAGAUACACAACUUCUCUGUGCUUAAUACGGAAAACAAUUCUGAGAGUUUACUGCAUAAAAGAGCUCUGUGGGGGCGCCUGGGUAGCCCAGUCGUUAAGCGUCUGCCUUCGGCUCAGGGCGUGAUCCCGGCGUUCCCGGAUCGAGGCCCACAUCGGGAUCCUUGGCUGGGAGCCUGCU